GUGACAGUCCGUUAAAAAGUAACGACGAAAGCAAGCUGGUGGUGAAGCAAGCAGGUUAUUUUAAGGAAGAUUGCAAGAAAAUAACACUGCGAGAAGAUUGUACCUGAAGAUUGCGAGACAAUAACAGACAGAUGGAGAGAGACAAGGCCGGUUUUAACUUCCGACUGCUAGUGCCCCCAAGGGCUAAUGCAGGACAAGUCUCGGCAGUCAAGCCUAGAGAUGUUUUUGACAAGGGCUACAGUAAAUGUUUUGAGGAGACAAGUUUGCCAUUCGCCAACAGUGGGCUGCCUGUGACACUGCCUACAAAAACAAAUAAACCAGAUAUUUCAAGGAAGAUGGCUGUUAUGCCAAUGGAGAAAGAAGAGACACUAGCUAAACCAAGUCAGCUGUACUCCAAACUAUUUGAAGAAGCCGAAAAAAUUAAAUGCUGGAAAUCAAAACUGGACUCAGACAUCUCACAAAAAGAAAGGAAAUUACAUGAAAACAAGAGAACAAUUGAAACGCAGCGCAAAGCCAUUCAGGAACUUCAGUUUGAAAAUGAAAGCCUGAGUAUGAAACUGGAAGAGCAAAUGAGCGAAAACACGGACCUGACAAAUAAAAACAAUGCCACCAGAAACUUAUGCAACAUUCUUAAAGACACAUUUGAGCGUUCUGCUGAGAAAAUGAGCCAACUUGAAGCUGAACAAGUAGAAACGCAGCAUCUCUUCAUUCAAAACAAUGAAAAUAUCCAGCGCAUGGUUGAUGCCUUUGAAGGGCUUCGGGUUCAAGCAGAAAAUGACCAGCAAGAAAUGUUAAGAGUCAAAUACGGCCUUAAACAGUUUGAGCAUCUGAAAGAAACCUUUGAAAAAGAGUUCAGCUUAAAAGAAGAAGAGGUUGUUGGUCUUCAGACAAAGCUUGGCAAUAAAGAAAAUGAACUGAAGGAGAUUUCUGUCACUCUACAAGAAACACAAGUGAAGUGCCAUCAACUCGGUGAAGCUGAAGCUGUGUGUCAAGAAGAACUGCAGACCAUCAGACAAAAGCAGGACGCUCUUAGAGAAAAAUUGCAAGAGACAGAGGUACUUCUCAAAGGAAGUGAGGAAAAGGUAUCCGCCAGUACAAGUACACUAGAGCAAACCAGAGAAGAAUAUGAGAAGAGAAUUUCUGAGAAGUUGGCAAAGAUACAGGACAUGCUCAUAAUCCAAAACGACCAGGCCAAGCAACUGUCUGAGCUCCAACAGACAACUCAGACAUUGCAAGAGUCUGUAGCAGCUGAAAAACUGAGGGUAGAAGAGCUGGAAGGCAAAGAGAGCCUUGUGUCAGCAGAACUGAAACAGAGAACGGCAGAAUUAGGUAAAAUCACAGAAGAGAAAGAAGAGGCCGAUAAACAAAUACAUUGCCUUGAAGCUUCAUUGGAAGAAAGCUCUAUGUCUGUCGUGACUUUAGAAAAACAGGUAGAAGCAAAGGAGGCCAACAUUUCAGAGCUCACCACAGAGAUUGGCAAGAUGAAUGAUGAAAUCAUCCAGUUACAGUGCAAAGUGACCAAAGUUUCUGAUGAGUGUGAAGAUGUGAAAACAUCCCUUGAAAAAGCUAUAAAUGAAGAGAAGAAUCUGAAGGAUAUGACCCAGACACUCGAGGCUAAACUAAAGGAAUGUGAAGAGCAACUAUCUGCUGCCCAAAGACAGGAAGAGGAGUCAGAAAAGGAAAUGAACAAACUAAAGAAAGACAUUGAGCAACAUAAGAAGGACUGUGAGAGGCUGACCGUAGAUUUGAAUCAGCUGAUGAUGGAAAAGAAUACAAUCCAGCAAGAAAUGGAAGGAAAUACAUCUGAGACAAAGGCUCUAGAAGGCUUUCUCAAGGAAAGCAAAGAAAACGUAGAGAAGAUGAAGAACGAAAUUUUGCAUCUAGAAGAGGAAAAUGAGAAAGUGAGAGAGGACCUGAACACACUUCGCACCGAAUUUGAGGAUCAGUGCCAGCAAAAAGAAGAUCUUCAGAAGCAGCUUAAUGAAUGUAGCAAAUCGUCACAGAAUGAAUCGUCUAAAAAGGACAAGCAAGCCAAGGCAUUGGAGCUAAAGUUGAAUACUUUAACAACAAAGUUAGACAACAAAACUAAAGCACAUGAAGAAAUCCAAAAGGAGAAUAAAGCUCUCCUCAAGCAGAUCAAUGCAAGUAAAGAAGACAAUGCUCAGCUACAAACAGAGAAUAAAGCUCUCUUGAAGCAGAUCAGUGGAAGUAAAGAAGACAAUGCUCAGCUACAAACAAAGAUAAAUGAAUUGAAAGAAAAAGCCCAAAAGGCUCAAAGGUGCCACAAGGAAGAGCUUGAGAAAGUCAGCAGUGACCUAGGUUCCAAAACAGACAUGGAAGCAGAGCUCCGAGAAGAGGUUGGAAGAUUAAAAGAAGCAGCUACUGAAGCUCUGAAAAACAAGGAAGAUACAGAAAUUAAGUGUCAACACAAGAUAUCCGACAUGGUUGCGCUAAUGGACAAGCACAAGAAUCAGUAUGACAAGAUGGUAAUGGAAAAAGAUUCUGAGCUGGAGGAGAGAAUGAAGAAGUCCAUGGAAAUGAAGACUAAUACAACAAAACUAGAGCUAGAGCUAUCCCAGUUGAAGAUUGAGAAUGAUCACACAAAGCAACAACUUAACAUGGAGAAAAAAGAAACUGAACGCCUUCAUCAAGAAGUAGAGCAACUGAAAACAACCCUACGAUCCCAGAAAAAAGACCAUGAGCAGAUUGAGGAAAGUCUGGAGAAAGACAUAUCAGAAUUAAAGAAGCAAAUGAAAUCACUGGCAAAGGAAUCUGAAAUGAUGCCAGAACCUAAGGAGCCAGAGCUGGUUAGAAAAGUUCAAAGAGGGUUGAGCACUCCAAAGGUGUGUUCUGUCAAGAGGUCACAAUUUCCACUAAAAGGAGAUGAUGAGGACCCUUUCUUUGCAACACCAUCCAGACAGAAAGGCUUAGAUGUUUUUGAUAUUCCCAAGAAGUCCAAUAAAGAAUAUGUCAUAAAAACACCAUGCAGGACCCCAGCUAGUAAAGUUGGAUCCACACCUAAAAUUAAGACCAAUUCCAAAGAUGUCUUUCAAACUCCGUCCAGAACCCCAACGAGUAAAUGUGCAUCCACACCUCAAAUCAAGGCUUUUAGGAUACGAACUCCACCCUCAACUGAGAAGUGGCAGAAAGCCACAUUGGAGUUAGACCCCAAAUCAGAUGCCUCAGAUGGAGCAGACCCAAUGGACUUUCCUGUUGAGCUUGAGGAUGUCACACCAAGACGUUCUGCAGCACAGCUGAGGCAAACUGCAGCUGAGGACAAAACGACUCCAAGCCCUGGAGUGCAGAAGCAGGCUGCCAUGAAGAGAAUGAGAGCUGCUGGAUGGACAACCUCCGGCACUUUGAACAGGAAGAAAAAGAAAGAUUCUGAUGACAUUUUUGCCUAGAAAUGUUCAGAGUUAACUAGCGCACCGUUUAGAAAUAUGAAUUCACUGAUGUGAUUCAAAAAGUUAGAGCUGUAGUUAUUUAUUUGUUGGCUUGUUUUUUGUUAUUUGUUUAUAUAUAGCUUUAAUAAUCAGUUUGUUCAGUCUGUUAUACUGUACAUGUUUAUUUACAUUGGUUAUUCAACUAGCAGCCCUUCUUUCAUUGCUAUUUAAUUUAUUGAUUGAUUAUUUUUAUUAUAAAUGUUUUGCAUCUCUUUAUCAUAUAUAUUUAAUAAACAUAUUUCAUAUGCACAAUU